GGCUGCCAUGAAAGAGAAAGAGCAGCUCUACUGAGCUUCAAGUCCUUGCUGACUGAUCCAUCUAAUCAGUUAUCUUCCUGGCAAGGCGAAAGUUGUUGCAACUGGAAAGGUAUCAAAUGCUUGAGUUCAGGUCGUGUUGUAGUUGUCAAUCUCCGGAAUCCUAAUCCGGAUGAUUUCAUAAUCAAUGUCAAUAAGGAAAUGUUUUUCAUCUUCUAAUGACACAUCCAAUGCUCUCAAAGGUACUAUAUCUCCAUUGCUCUUCACUCUUGACCAUAUGCAACAUCUCGACCUGAGUUUCAACAACUUUAUGCUCUCAAAGUUACAAGCAGAGAUAUCAAACUUAACAAAGUUGACUUAUCUCAAUCUGUCGAAUGCGAUGUUUCAAGAUUCCAUCACCACACAAUUCUCAAACCUUACAUCUCUAAGGUCUCUUGAUCUUUCGGGUGCUAAUUUAGUAGCUGAUUUGUCUUCUAUUUCUGUUAGCUUGACACUAAAACCAAAGUUGGAUUUUGGCCCAACGUCAUCUUUUAUCAGAUAUGGUCGAUUAUCCAGUCAAAAUCCAAGUUGGUUAGGACUCAGAGGCCUUAGAUAUCUAGUAUUGACUGGUGUUGAUCUAUCAAAGGCCUCCGAAUCAUUUCAUUGGGCUAAACCAAUAUCAAGUCUUUCAAAUCUCGUGUCACUUCAAUUGUCCAACUGCAACAUUUCAGGAAGAAUUCCGACAGGGCAAUUACUUAACCUUACAAAUCUUUCCACUCUAGAAAUGAAUUCUAACAUUCUAACAUCCACGAUACCUGAUAUGCUAUCGAACCUCACAACCCUCUCAGCUCUUGAUUUUAGUGGCAACGAUUUAGAUGGUCACAUCCCUUACCUUCCUCAACUUGAAGAACUUUCUGUUUCUAGCAAUCCUUCUACGACCGUAGAUCUGGUUUCAAUGUUUUCAGUUCCAUGGUCAAAGUUGACACUUCUUGACAUAGGCUUCACUCAGAUAGGUGGAACGAUCCCUCCUUCUUUAAGCAACUCAACCUCAUUAACCAUUUUCCGAGCUGAUGGAUGCUCGAUCCAAGGGUCGAUCCCUUCUUCAAUUAGGAAACUUAAGAAAUUAAGUAUGCUGAUGCUCAAUGACAACAAUAUCACAGGCCAAUUUCCUGUAUCCAUGUCCAGUUUAAUAAAUCUUCAAUACUUAUCUUUGUUCCAGAAUAAAUUACAAGGGUAUAUUCCAAUUUCGAUUUGUCAAAUCUCCUCCCUGGAGUUCCUGAAUUUACAAUGGAACGAUCUAACAGGAUGUCUUCCCUUGUGCAUACUUCAGCUUCCUAAGCUUUCAUAUCUUUAUGUUCAGAAGAAUAACCUGAAUGGUAAUAAGCCACUGUCUUUGUUCCAGAAGUCUAGAUUGGAUCAAAUUAGUUUCGGGGCUAGUGGAUUGUCAAUUGAAAUCGAUGAUCAAGAUCAACCCUUUGUGCAAACUUUCCAGCCCACGAUUUUGGAAUUUACAUCUUGCAACAUGAGAGGAGAAAUCCCAGAUUACUUCUCAAAUUUGACAAACCUCAUGCUUUUAAAUUUGGCCAACAACAGUUUAUCAGGAGCCAUACCGCACUGGUUGUUCAAUCUCCCUGCCCUCUCUGUACUAGAUUUAUCUAUGAACAACUUCAAGGGAGUUAUACCUCCAAUGAUUCAGCUGAAAUCUUCUCCUUUUCCAACAUUAAUAAAUUUAGCCAGAAACAACCUUCAAGGUCCUAUUCCUUCUAAGCUCGAGAAUGUUAAUGUCAUCGACUUGUCACUUAACAAUUUCGUAGGCUCAGUUCCAACACAGAUAGGAGAAGUUCAUGGUAUCAGGUCCAUAUCGUUAUCUGGAAACAAAAUUCAUGGUCCAAUACCUGAAUCAUUUUGCCAAUCAACUAAUGUUCUCCAGGUUCUUGAUCUCUCUAAUAAUAGCUUGUCAGGAGCCAUUCAACGCAACUUAGGAAACUGCAAGUCUCUCAUUUACCUUAAUCUUGGACAAAACAAGCUCACUGGAAGUAUCCCAAAAGAACUUGAACGCGCUACAAGCCUUCGUUAUUUGGACCUGAAUGGGAAUGAGUUUGCAGUAUCUUUUCCAAGAGUGAUUGGAAACUUUCAAGAACUGGAGAUUCUGAACGUGACAGUCAAUAGAUUUGAAGGAAGGAUACCAAAUUCCAUUGGUGACCUACACCAUCUACGUAUCCUCGUGCUCUCAUCAAACUCUUUCAGUGAACCUAUCCCAGAAGGACUAAUGAAGUUGGAAAGUCUACAAUAUAUUGGUUUAUCCAGGAACAAUCUGUCCGGUCCCAUUCCUGAGAAUCUUGAUGGCUUGAAAACAAUGAUGAGAACACAAAAUGAGGCAACCAUCUUAGGUUAUGUUUACUCCCUCAAGUUCAUUUGUGCUCAGCUAGAAAUAGUCACCAAAGGACAGACACAUUGGCUUGAGUCAGUAUAUUCCUACAACAGUGGAUUCGACGUGUCAAGCAAUGCUCUUACUGGUAAAAUCCCUGAGAAAAUUUUCCUUUUAAGUGGACUUCCAUUGCUGAAUCUCUCACAUAAUAAUAUUUCUGGGGUGAUCCCAAAGUCUAUAUGCGAGAUGAUUUCCCUCGAGUCGUUGGACCUCAGCUAUAACCAAUUAACAGGGGAAAUUCCAUUGACAUUGACAGUGUUAGAUUUUCUCCAGUAUCUCAACUUGUCUUAUAACAACCUGAGCGGAUGGAUUCCAAGCAAUCCACAUUUUGACACUCUGUAUCAAGAUGGAACGACAUAUAUUGGAAACAGAUACUUAUGUGGUGCUCCUGGUGGGAUGAACUGCAGUAACCAUGGUCCCUCUAUCGCAGAAACUGCAGAGAACAGAUGUGAUCAAGAAAAUGUCCUUUUUGUUUUAGUUGUAUUCUUAGGCUAUGUUACAGGAAUUUCUGUUGUUAUAUUUGAUAGACGACAAUUGGAGGAAGAGGUAUUGGAGGGCAGUAGACAGAAUUGUGUUAAAAAUAGUGAACUAUAA